AUGAGAUGCUUACAGGACCUCGUCCCUGGCUGCUACAAGGUAAUAAACGCAUCUCUACAUCCUCUUCUCCCUCCCCUUCCUUCGCAAUUUCCGUGACCAUGAAAGCAGAGAGAGAUAGCGAGAAAGAGAGAUCUUGAAAAAUUUCUUAGCCUACAGUUUCUCGUGUUGUUCUUCCUGUCGGACGAUGAACAGGCCAUGGGGACGGCUGUUUUGCUGGACGAGAUAAUCAACUACGUCCAGUCUCUGCAAAACCAAAUAGAGGUGAGUUAG